AUGUCCUCGUUCAGAGGGCUCAAACACUUCAUACCACCCAGACUCUUUACAGUCUGCAAAUACACCAUCUUAACAGGCUUAACCGGUGCCGCAAGCUGGCAGCUGUGGUCACGACACUGCUACUUUGAGCCCUUCGGCCCUGAAAGUGAUCCUUUGUUUCAGAGCAAGUCUUUUCAGAGAUUUAAUCCCAAUCAAAGUCCCUCCUUAGAUGAUUCGUGCGUACGGAAGGUUCAGCUAUCGGAAGUAAAACCCGAACUAGUCGAGGACUAUCUCAAUGGUGGCUCAAAGCUUCUAGAACGAUUUUGUGGAGGUGUUUGGGGCGGAUAUGGCUACGCAGUCCAACGGAGGAUCCUCACAUUGCUAUGCAAGGAUGAAACCAAUACUUCUAUGCUAUGGAGUAAGGAGCAGUUGCUUCGUAGCUCUUAUGACGAAGGGACUGUCGUCACAGAUCAUUUCAUCGUUCUGGAGAAGACUCCUAGAUCUAUCGUCAUGCGGGGUGGAACGUCCCCGACGGAGGACCCAGAUACACCCCGUGAGAUGGAUAAUAGUUCAGAAAUCACCGUUGACAUCGACAUCAAGCAAGAGGUGGCUGAGUUCCGACUGAAGAAUAUUUUCUUCAAUGGUGUCGAGCACACAACGGAGGCACUGUUUCCACCUCCUGUGGUAUGGCUGCAUUUUCAGUAUUGUAAGCUGCUGGUCGAGGCUGGGGUUAGUCAUUGUGUGGGAUAG